AUCCACAGCCACCUGAAGUAGGUCAUUUACGUUACCGGGGACCGUACCAGUAUUACAAGAUAAGAUACCCACCAUAGUCACCGUGAUACUAUGUCCACUAGUGUUUCUAUAGCUUCCUAGCUAUCGUCCGGAGAGUGUUAAUUUUUUUCUACGAUCUUGAACGUCUACGAGCUUACCGGUCUUCGGACAGCUUCCCGUUACGGACGGAGUGCGGGAUACACGGUGUACCCGGGAUAGAACGACAACGUCUAUGUACCAGAUAGCAAGAAGGAUACACAGUGAGGUUAGUCGAAAAUCAAUUGGACAUUAUUAUGUGUCCCACGUCUCGGAGGAUCAUCAAGGUAGAACACGGAGCUACAUAGGUACGAGGCACGAAGUACCUCGUGAGGGAUAUACGCCGAAGUCAAGUAAUGCAUUCUGUGGAAGUGAAAUGAGUGUUAUUACGUGGAAACGAGUCGGUUGGCUUGCGGCCACUUCGGAAGUGGUAGGUAGAUCUUUUCCCAUAGAAAUACCUAUACACCGGGAUAAUGCCAGUGUCCUAUGGUGGUUCCGUUUCAAAUGGCAUUUCGAAUGCAAUCCCAUUGAGUUUCGUGGGCAUUUCGUGUAGAUGUAAUAUUGCCAGGUAUACCACUUCCAUCUGUGCCUAGGCCUCUCGCGGUUGUUUCUGUCGGAUCAGGCUGUCGACCAUGUUGCUUUAGGUCAGUGCCGCUUCUUUCUCUCUAUCUCAGGACGUUCUACUCCCUCCGGUGGUCCCGGCUGAGUGCCAGAGAUAGGAUACGCGGCAGAAGAACGAAGAAGGGAGUCGGCGAGGAGGAAGAAGGAGGACAGAGAAGGAGUACCUGGGAGGGAUGGGAGCUGGUACUCAAAGGAGGAGGCGGAAGGGGAGGGAAACCGCGGUACUUGGUCUCUUGGUCGGUCGGACCUGGCGUUCGCCACCUCGCCUGCCAAGACCAAACCGUCUUGCGGAUCAUCCACCUGGCGCCCUCGGUUCUGCCAACCUCACGAACGCCGUGCCAUUUCCGUUGUAUCCGGCGAGCUACAAAUUCAUGGGAUCCCAUUGGACGCUACGGGAUAUGCCGGACAGGCAUAACGUGCCUCUGGAAGCCACUUUUUAUAUCACUGAAAAAAUUAAAACUCUCAUCCUGAGCCGCAGCUACUGCUAUACCAUCGAUCGAGGGUUCAAUGGCGACGAUGGCGACGAUGCUGAUUUAUCAGAGGAAAAUAUAACAGGACAGGAUGGAAAGGACGAAGGACCAUGUCUACGGUACCAUUGGUUACCAAGUGCUUAGCAUGGGGCACGCGCACCCAGUUCCUUCUUUGGGCCGCACGCACGGAAAAUCAGGUGAGUGAGUCGGUGAAUAGAGCGAACACGGCGAAUAGGGCGAACGAAUGAGCGACCGAGUUUAAUUCACUCGAUCAGCCCUGAGUAGCCUUCUAUGCUGAAUUGCUCAA